CUGUGGCCUCACAUGCAGUAGUGUCUGUGUGUGCUUUCUCAAAUGUGCAGUAUGAAUGGGAAUUUCAUGCUAGGACACACUGAAGUCCAGGCAUGGGAAUGAGAAUUAUGGCCAGGGCUGGGGUCUCAUGCUCUCUCUCUUUCCCAGGGGUGGUCUUCCCUCUAGGGACGAAGUCUAACCUCAUGAAGAAAAGAUAGAACCAUAAAGGAUGCUGACUGCCUGUCUGACACAUUGUUAUCAGGCUGGCAUGUGUGUGAUGAUUCAGGACCCGGUGACCUUUGAGGAUGUGGCAGUGGACUUCACCCAGGAGGAGUGGAUUUUGUUGGAUGAGACUCACAGAGCCCUGUACAGAGAGGUGAUGCUGGAGAACUACCAGAACCUGGCUUCCCUCGGAUGUCAGCCCAUCAAACCCAGCCUGAUCUCUUGGUUAGAAGAAGAGGAUGCAAGGGCAAUGCAGAAGGGAGCUUUCCAAGAAUGUGAAACUCAUCUUAGUACCAGUGAGUCCACACUCUCACAGGAGGUUUUGAGGGGACAAACUUGCAGAGGAGUACAAAUGGGAGGAAGCAAUGGUGUUGGUGAACUCCAUGACUGUAGUCAGCAUGAAAUCUGUAUUAACCAUUCCUGCUUUGAGACACAUAUGAGAACUCCAAAUACACAGAACAGUUAUGAGUGUGAUCAGUAUAGAAAAGACCUCCUUCCUCUGCACAUGGAAGCCUCUAAUGGAGAGAAACCCUCUAAGUUUAACAGUCAUGGGGAAACCCUCAGCCCACCUCCAAACACUGAGUACAAAAGGACAAAUACACGAGAGAAACCAUUUGACUGCAGUGACUGUGGGCAAGCCCUUGUUAAUCAGUCAUACCUUCAGGCCCUCGUGGGAACUCACAAUGAAGAAAAACUCUAUGAAUGGAGUGAAUAUGGGAGCAGUUUUAUUCUCUCCACAAAUCUUGCUGUGCAGAUAGGAAGUCUCAGUGGAAAAGGUCCGUACAGAUGUAAGGAAUGUGGAAAAGGCUUUAGAUACCCUGCGUACCUGAGUAAGCACAUGCGAACCCACACCGGAGAGAGACCCUAUAAAUGCACAGAGUGUGGGAAGGCUUUCGCCCAGUACUGGGGCCUUUCUCAGCACGUACGGAUUCACAGUGAAGAGAAGCCCUAUGAGUGUAAAGAGUGUGGGAAAGCCUUCAGUGUGUCUUCAUACCUAACUAAACAUGCAAGAAUUCACACUGAGGAGAAGCCCUACGAAUGUAAGGAAUGCAGAAAAUCCUUCGGAAAUUCCUCCUACCUUAAGAAACAUGUUCGCAUUCACACUGGACUCAAACCCUACAAGUGUAAUGAAUGUGGAAAAGCCUUCACGCAGUCCUCAGGCCUUACUAAACACAUGCGGUCUCACACUGGAGAGAAGCCCUAUGAAUGUCAGCAGUGUGGGAAAGCCUUCACCACAUCCACUUGCCUCAUGGCACAUAUAAGAACACACACCGGAGAGAAGCCUUUUGUUUGUAAAGAAUGCGGGAAAGCCUUUGCCAGGUCUUUCUGUCUGAUUGAACAUGUAAGAACUCAUGGUGGAGAGAAACCCUAUAAAUGUGAAGAAUGUGGGAAGGCCUACACUGCUGCUUCAGACCUCAACCGGCACAUAAGAAUUCACACUGGAGAGAACCCUUAUCAAUGUAAGGAGUGUGGGAAGACCUUUGCUCACUACUCAAACCUUUCUGUCCAUCAGAGGACCCAUACUGGAGAGAAGCCUUACGAAUGUAAGAUAUGUGGCAAAGUAUUUACGUACUCCUCAAGUCGCAAUAAUCAUAUACGAACUCACAAAGCCUCAUAA